AUGGCGCAUAACGGCACAACCGCAAACCUCAACACAGGCGCGAAGAUCCCUCUUAUAGGCUUCGGCACAUGGCAAGACAAGGAAGCGCAGGAGCCAGCUGUUACCAUCGCUCUCAAGGCUGGGUAUCGUCACAUUGAUACGGCUCGCAUCUAUGGCACAGAAGCGGCCGUCGGUAAUGCUAUCAAGAAGUCUGGUAUUCCUCGGGAGGAGAUAUUCCUUACCACUAAAUUAUGGAACAACAAGCACGACCCGAAAGACGUUGAAGCCGCCCUCGAUGCCUCGCUCAAAGACCUUCAAUUAGACUAUGUCGACCUGUAUCUUAUGCACUGGCCCAGUGCCUUCGCACCAAGCGACGAGAUGUUCCCGAAGGACAGCAACGGCAAGACUAAGACGGCCAACAUCGAUUACGUCGACACAUACAAGGCGAUGGAGAAGCUCCUCAAGAGCGGCAAGACAAAGGCAAUCGGUAUCUCCAACUUUAGUAAGGCCGAGCUCGAUCGUCUAUUGAAAGAGACAAGUGUGGUUCCCGCGGCGCACCAGAUGGAGAUGCACCCGUGGCUGCAACAAAAGAGUUUCGCAGACUUCCACAAGCAGAAGAACAUCCACAUUACACAUUACUCUCCCUUCGGCAACCAGAACGAGAUCUAUGACGCAGGCAAGGGCAUGGGCAAGCUGAUGGAUGACCCAGUGCUGGUGGAGAUCGGCAAGAAGCACGGAAAGAGUGGUGCCCAAGUCGCGUUAGCCUGGGGCAUCGCGAAGGGCCAUUCGGUCAUCCCGAAAUCCAAGACUGAAAGCAGGAUCAAGCAGAACUUGGAGGGUGACUUCAAGCUGGACGCCGAGGAUAUCGAGAAGAUCGCUGGUAUCGACAAGAAGCUGCGCUUCAACGACUCGAGCAAGAGCUUCGGCUAUGACUUCUUUACCGAUCUAGAUGGCAAGAAGCAGUAG